AUGUAUGAAAUAAUGUUAUAUAUUUAGUAUAAAAAUGUCUUUUUAUUAUAUUUAUUAGGUGCCGCGGCCCCGCCCAUUUCAAUCCUUGCUCAUUUGCAUAAAGUUCAUGUAAAGACGCCGAUCGAAGUCUCCACCCACCCUGCUCGGACCACGCCCAUUUCUCUCCACAACCGGCCAGUUCUCCUCGGAUUCUUGUAUAAAUCCGCUCCUCUUCUCUGGAAAUGAAUGACUUCCGGCCACUCUAAUCGCAUCCUGUGUGUGUGUGUGUUUCAGUGUAGCUGUAACUACAAGCAGCAAAAACUUUUUGAAGAACAAUAAACCUCCUAAAAGAAGAAGAUGGACAGGAGAAGGUUCUGUUAUGGUCCAGUGUCCAGAUGUUUACAGCUGUUAGAUUGUCAUUAGUGUUGCAGUAAAAGAGUGCGUCUGGGGUUUAACACGGAACAGAAAGUUUUGUGUGUGUGUGUGUGUGUGUGUGUGUGUGUGUGUGUGUUGGGCUCUAACUCGGACGUCCGACAUGGAUCCUCCAGACAUCUGAAGCCGUUUUGCCGGAGUUCUGGAGAACUUCAACAUCAAGCAUGUCCAAAAAGCAGAAGAAGAGAAGCCACUGGAGCAGCAGGGUCCAUGAGGUGGUGCUCGCACAGGAUCUUCUCAGCAUGGACCUCAAAGGAGGUGCAGAGCUCGGCCAGUUCCCCCUGCUCGGAGUUCUGGAUGAUGGGAGACCUGCAGAGGGACCUGCCCGGGAGGAACUCGUACUUGAGGUGAACGACACGCCGGUGCCGGGGCUGACCAGCAGGGACGUGAUGGCGGUGAUGAAGCAUUGCAGAGCCCCCGUCCGCCUCACAUGCGUCACACCAGGAGGAGUUCUAGAUAAAGAUCUCAAGCUCUACCUCAGUCUGCGCUUUCAGAAAGGUUCUAUAGACCACGAACUGCAGCAGAUCAUCCGGGACAACCUGUACCUCCGCACUGUGCCCUGUACGACUCGGCCGCCUAAAGAGGGAGAAGUUCCUGGAGUGGACUACAACUUUAUCAGCGUAGAGAGUUUCCUCCACUUACAGAGAACUGGAUCUCUGCUGGAGAGCGGAACUUAUGAAGAUAACUACUACGGCACACCCAAACCCCCGGCGGAGGCGGGCAGUGCGCUGCUGAUCCCCGGCUCCGCCCCAAACGUAGCCAGCAAACGCAACAAAUCCAUCAGUAACAUGGAGAAAACUGGCAUCGAUCCACCUGAGGAGGAGGAGGAGGAGACUAACGCCGUCAAUGGAGAUGGAGUCACUGCCACACCAGAUUACAGUGAGCCGGAGGAAAAGAGUACAGACGACUCCGGGGACACGACCCAUACAGACGGGGCGGUGAGAGAAGAGAAGGAGGAGAAUGACCCAGUAGGGGCGGAGUCAGAGGAAGAUAAGCCCCGCCCUAAAGAUGAACACCUUGAUGAGCUCGGACCUCUACCUGAUAACUGGGAGAUGGCCUUCACAGAGAAAGGAGAGGUCUACUUCAUUGAUCACAACUCUAAAACGACAUCAUGGUUAGAUCCUCGUCUAGCAAAGAAAGCUAAACCACCAGAGGAGUGCAAUGAAGACGAGCUCCCGUAUGGCUGGGAGAAAAUCGAUGAUCCGGUUUACGGCAGUUACUACGUGGAUCAUAUAAACAGGAGGACUCAGUUUGAGAAUCCGGUUUUGGAAGCUAAAAGGAGACUGCAGAUGCAAAGUCAAGGCCUUUCCUCACUUCCACUACCUGCUCUAUACAGAGUGGACGAGGGCAUGUCGUUCUCCACGCUGCCCCGGGCGAGGCUGGCGUACGCAGGCCCGGCUCCUGAGCGCUCACACAGCCUCACCCACUUACCCGAGGCCCCCCUGAGCCAGCCCCAAGAGCUCGGACCGCACGAGAAGUCUUUCUUCACGCGAGACCCCACGCAGCUAAAGGGCAGGUUCCUCUCGACAACACUGCAGAAGAGCACCAUGGGAUUCGGCUUCACAAUCAUCGGCGGAGACGAGCCAGAUGAGUUCCUGCAGGUGAAGAGCGUGAUUCCAGACGGUCCUGCUGCACAAGAUGGCAAGAUGGCUACAGGCGAUGUGAUCGUUUACAUAAACGAGGUGUGUGUUCUCGGAACGACUCACGCCGACGUGGUGAAGCUAUUCCAGUCUGUGCCCAUCGGGCAAAGCGUGACUCUGGCACUUUGCCGUGGAUACCCUUUACCCUACGAUGCGGAGGAUUCAGGAAACACCAUGAUCUCGCCUUUGGGCCUUAUAGGAGAUCGCCCCCUGCUGCUUAACGGGCGCAACUGCACCACGUAUGACACAUAUAUGGAGUACUUGAGCCGCACCGCACACUUCUUGGAUGACGGCGUCUCGCUGGCUUCCUCGGGGACCGAGUUGAUUGGCGUUAGCAUCGUGAAGGGGCCAGAUGGAUUUGGCUUCACCGUCGCAGACAGUGACGGAGGUCAGAGGGUAAAGCAGGUUCUAGAGCCUCAGCGAUGCCCAAGUCUGUGCGAAGGAGACCUGAUCGUGGAGAUCAACCAGCGGCCGGCCCUCACCCUUUCUCACACACGAGUGGUGGAGAUGCUCAAGGAGUGUGCCGUUGGGGCCGAGGCCACCCUGCUAGUACAGAGAGAGAGAGGUCACUUUUUACCCUGGAAGAAUCCCAGUCAGGUUUUGGAGCAAUGGGACCCUCAAGUUGGUGUUUGUGCCCCUGUCCUGCCCCACAGCGCCCCCUACCUGCCAUGGCCUUCAGCUACUGACCCCCCUCAGGGCCUUGACCUCAGCAAACCCAAUCCUUUUGACCUGUACACCCAGUCCAGGGCUUUGUAUGAGAGUAGGCGUAAGGGGCGUGACCUCUGUGUGUAUCCUGUCAGUCUCAGUGAAGGAGAGUUCCAGGAGGUAGAAGUGAACAUCCACAGAGAGAAAUCCGGCUUUGGUUUUAGGAUCCUGGGAGGAGAGGAAGCAGGACAGCCUGUGAGUCCGGAGGUUCCUGAGAAGAUCCUGAUCGGGGCGAUCGUAGAGAACAGCCCGGCGGAUAAAGAUGGCCGCCUGCGUCCCGGAGACGAGCUGAUUUCGGUGGACGGGAUCUCAGUGGCAGGGAAACCUCAUCGCCACGUCAUCGACCUGAUGCACGUGGCGGCUCGGACCGGUCACGUCAAACUGACAGUUCGGAGGAGAACGCAGCCCGUGGGAGACUCGUGUCCUCAGAACGGACGCAGUCCCGGCUCCGUCUCUACCCAGCACAGCUCACCUCGGAGCGAUUUCAACUCUGGGAAUUUCUCUGAAAACGUACAAGGCGUCCCUCAAAACUCUAUCCCUAGUGCCACACCCCCACCACCCUCAGACACGCCCACCAGCCAGGCCAGUGAUGUCAUCAUCCAGCGCAAGGAGACGGAGGGGUUCGGGUUUGUCAUCAUCAGCUCGCUGAACAGACCCGAAACAGCAGCAGCUGCAGCGGUUCCUCAUAAGAUCGGGCGGAUAAUCGAGGGCAGUCCAGCGGAGCGCAGCAGAAAGCUGAAGGUUGGAGAUCGGAUCCUGGCGGUGAACAAUCACUCCAUCGUCAGCAUGGCGCACGCUGACAUCGUCAAACUCAUUAAAGACGCGGGACUGAGCGUUACUCUGCGUGUCAUCGCGCAGGACGACACGAGCAGCAGUCCUUCAGCUGCUAGCUCGGAGAAACAGAGUCUGGCCCACCCGAGUCCGGGGGCAUGGAAUACCCAAGUUGAGAUAGACACGCCCCCCAAAACACACCCAAGCCCGGCCAAUCAGACGAGCCCUGAGAGCCAGGAGAGCCCGCCCACCCAGGCUGCAACUCCUCCGGUGCAGAUGUACACGUACAGGUCAGAAGUUAAAGCUCGUCAGGACGUGAAGCCCGACAUCCGACAGCCACCAUUUACUGAUUACCGUCAACCGCCCGCAGAUUACAGACAACCUCCUGUCCCGGAGUACACAGACACACCACUGCUGGACUACAGACACACGGACCCCCGCUCAUACACCAUCACUGAGUACAGACACAUACAGAACUUUGAUUUCUUCACUGUUGAGUUGGAAAAGAGUGUGAAGGGGUUUGGGUUCAGUAUUCGAGGUGGGAGAGAAUACAAGAUGGACCUGUUCGUGCUCCGAUUGGCCGAGGACGGCCCGGCUAUCCGCAAUGGCAGGAUGAGGGUUGGAGACCAGAUCAUAGAGAUUAAUGGUGAGAGCACACGUGAGAUGACACACACCCACGCCAUCGAGCUCAUCAAGUCUGGCGGAAACAGAGUGAGACUGCUGCUGAAGAGAGGAACGGGACAGGUACCCGAGUAUGAUAGCUCCACCCCCUGGGAUCCUAACCCUACAGCCUCCUCAAGCGUGUCGGAAGUAGCUCCGCCCCUUGAGAGCUUUUCCAACCCUUCGCCGUCAUUCCAUGUGAACUCAUCUCCAGAGCCACCUCACGCGCCGCCGAUCGACACGGAAGCCCCCGAAAGCUGCCACCAGGGUUCGAAGGUGGGCCUGGGGUCCGGCAGGGGGCAGAACCGGCACCGGGAGGGCAGUAGGUCCAGACGCAGAAGCUCCGGCGGGAACAAGGGGCACCAGAAUCGCUCCAACGAGGUGAAAGUGGAAUCCAACAAGAGCCGAUCCAAAGAGAGAAAACGGGACCCGGGCAAACUCCUGCGUGGGAACGCCGAGAUCACCAAGGGUAGUGUGGAGGGUGCCGGAAGCGUGCAGCAGGUCAAAGGUCAGGCGUCCGAGCCAGACAGAGGGACGGGCGAGAGAAAGACGGCGAGAAACGCCGCUAAUACAGCGGGCAGGAAGGUGACCGUGUCCCCAGGGCCGUGGAAAAUCCCCGGAUCGGAUAAACUCCCGAGCAGCCUGCGUUCAGCCUCGUCCACUAUCAGCAGAUAAAACACUCACUCACACACACACACACACACACACACCGUUAGCUUUGAUUAGCUUCUUUAGCUCACUCAGCCCUGAAGUGACGACCGUUAUGCCCCUCUUCCACCGAAAAAAACUUUUUCGCCCUCUUGUGGACAAACAAAGCGAAUUUGUUUUUAAUUGCUUUGUUCUAAAAUUCUUGAUUUCAGAACCUUCAAGAUGCUCACACUCUCUCACACACACACACACACACACACACACACACACGCACACAAGCAUUUUUACCUUUUUUAUUUCUAAGUUAUUCUUUUGAAAGACUCGGGACACCCAACACCUUAAAUAAAAACUGGAAGUUUAUUUUCUCAGUAAUGGAAAGAUGAUGAUGAUGAUGAUGAUGAUGAUGAUGAUGAUGAUGAUGAUGACGAUGAUUAUGAUGACGAUGGAUGUGUUUAGCAUCAGAGGAGAAACACCAAAACCCCGAACUCUUACACGCCUCAGAAC